GGGUGUGGUCUGUAUCUAGGGUGUCUGUGUAGCUCUUUGUCUGGGUCAAUGCCUGCCUGUGUCAGUGUCUGAAAGUGUGUAUCAGUGUGUGUGGAUGUCUGUCUGAGUGUGUGUGUGGGUUUCUGUAUGUAUCUGGGAGUCUGUUUACAUGUCAGUGUCUGGAUAUAUAUAAGUCUGUGUCUGGGGGUGUGUGUGUGUCUGUGUCUGGAUUUGUCUGGGAGUGUGUGUGGGUUUUGUGCAGGGGUGUGGGUCUGUGUCUGUGUCAGUGUGUGUGUCGGUCUGGGUCUGGGUGUCUGUGUGUGUGUGUGGGUCUGCAUCUGAGGGUCUGGGUCAGUGUGUGUGGUCUGCAUCUGGGCCUGGGUCAGUGAGUGUGUGGGUCUGCGUCUGGGGGGGUGUGUCAGUGAGUGUGUGGGUCUGCGUCUGGGUGUUUGGUGCGGGUCUUACCCGCGGCCCCACCCUGGGCUGCGCUGUGAAAAUGGCUGAGGCGGAGGGUGAGGACACAGCGGCGGCGAGGCCGCGGUUCAGGCCGGGAGAGAGCGGUGCUCGGCCGGUGGAUCCGGCAGUGGGCCCGGGGCCUCGGGCCCAGUUCCUGGCCCCUUCCCCAGCCCCGCCGCUGUAUAACUGGCAGGCAGCACAGCGCUCGGUGCGGGAGCGCUUCUCCUUCAUGUUCAACAACGAGCUGCUGAGUGACGUUCAUUUCGCGGUGGGUAAAGGUCCCGGCGCCCGCCGCCUUCCCGCUCACCGCUUCGUCCUCGCCGUCGGCAGCGCCGUCUUUGACGCCAUGUUUAACGGCGGCAUGGCCACCAGCUCGGCGGAGAUCGAGCUGCCUGACGUCGAACCCGCCGCCUUCCUGGCGCUGCUCAGGUUUCUGUACUCUGAUGAAGUACAAAUUGGUCCUGAGACUGUGAUGACUACUCUAUACACAGCAAAGAAAUAUGCAGUACCAGCCUUGGAAGCCCAUUGUGUGGAGUUUCUCACCAAACACCUGCGAGCUGACAAUGCUUUCAUGUUACUAACUCAGGCACGCUUGUUUGAUGAGCCUCAGCUGGCCAGCCUAUGCUUGGACACAAUUGACAAAAACACUGUGGAUGCAAUCAGUGCUGAGGGCUUCACUGAUAUCGAUCUUGAUACAUUGUGUGCGGUGUUGGAACGUGAUACCCUGAGUAUCCAGGAGAUUCGGCUCUUUAGUGGAGUGGUGCGCUGGGCCGAAGCAGAAUGCCAGAGGCAGCAGCUGCCAGUUACUCCCGGGAGCAAGCAGAAAGUGUUGGGAAAAGCCAUAACGCUGAUCCGGUUCCCACUGAUGAGUAUCGAGGAAUUUGCAGCCGGACCUGCUCAAUCUGGGAUCCUUUCCGAUCGCGAGAUUGUUAAUCUAUUCUUACAUUUCACCUUGAAUCCUAAGCCACGUGUGGAGUAUAUUGACCGGCCACGCUGCUGUCUGCGGGGGAAGGAGUGCAGCAUCAGCCGCUUCCCGCAAGUGGAGAGUCGCUGGGGAUACAAUGGCACCAGUGACAGGAUCAGAUUUUCAGUGACCAGGAGGGUGUCUGUUGUGGGUUUCGGGCUCUAUGGAUCUAUACAUGGCCCAACAGAUUACCAGGUUAAUAUCCAGAUCAUUGAAAAUGACAAGAACAUAAUGCUUGGACAAAAUGACACAGGAUUUUGCUGUGAUGGAUCAGCAAAUACAUUUAGAGUCAUGUUCAAGGAGCCCAUUGAGAUUCUGCCAAAUGUUAGCUACACAGCCUGUGCAACUCUCAAGGGGCCUGAUUCUCAUUAUGGCACUAAGGGAUUGCGGAAGGUCAUUCACGAAUCCCCCACGACCGGGAUCAGCACUUGCUUUGUCUUCUUCAAUGUACCGGGAAAUAAUAAUGGAACAUCUGUGGAAGAUGGGCAGAUUCCAGAAAUCAUCUUCUACACGUAGCCUGGUACCUGGCUUGGACUGUAGCAGAGUUCAUCUCAAACUGCCAAGGAAACAGCUGUGUUUAAGGCCGUGCUUGGCGCUUUCUCUUUCACUGCUGGUUUUCCUCUCUUAGGACGUGGAGCCUGCCACAGGCAAAGAGCAGUGGGAUUAAAGCCAUUGAUAAUUGAA